CGCACGGGAGCGCGGGAGCGAGCUGGCGGGUGGACGGGGCGCGCGCACGCGUCCACGAGCGAGUAGCCAGUCGGUUCCUUGCAGGCGGCCGCCGUCCUUGGAGGCUCCGGGACUCCGCGGGGUGGCAGCGACCCACCGGCUGCCCAGGUCAGUUCGCCAACCAACCAGCCAGCCAGCCCGCCCGGGCAGGGCUCAGGUGCUCGGUGGUUCGAGCCUGAAGUCCGCAAGAGGUCCGUCCUCCAUCAACAGGCAGCCAAGCAAAACUUAAUUUGAUGUGGGACAGAAAGAAGCUGAAACGUGGAAAUUCACCCAAUGAUGCUAAUCUCAGUUUAAGUAGACUGGAAUGUGAAGUUCACGUCAGAAAGUACCUCUAUCAUCAUUAACAUGAAUCUUCUGAGAAGGAACCGAAUUUCAAGUGCAGGUUCCAGAUACUAGUAAUUGAAGGACUAAAAUUUCAGUCAUGACUACCUCGCACAUGAAUGGGCACAUUACAGAUGAAUCAGAUAGUGAUGCUAAGAACUUAGACCUUUCAUCUCGUGAUGAGCCAGCAAGACACCGAGAAAUGGCUGUCGAUUGCCCUGAUGAUUUGGGCUCACGAACCAUGCCAAUACGCAGAAGUGCUCAGUUGGAGAGGAUUCGCCAGCAACAGGAUGAUAUGCGUCGUAGGCGAGAAGAAGAGGGGAAAAAACAGGAGUUUGACCUCAAUUCUUCCAUUCGACUGAAGAAACUGGCACAAGUUCAACCUAAAGUGGGCAUUGAUAAUCCAACGUUUGAUAAGGAAGAGGAUUUUGUUUUAGAGGGACCCAGCAAUGCAGUUAAAGUUCUUGAAGUAGAUGAACUGCUGACUUCUCUAAAACAUAUACAGCACAACCUGGUUGACAGUCAGAGUCAGGAUGAUGUGGCACUCAUUAUGCAGCUGGUUCAGAACCGGGAUUUUCAAAAUGCCUUCAACAUUCACAAUACAGUAGCAGUUCAUAUGCACAAGAUGAGUCCACCUUACCCUAUAAGCUCCAAUGCACAAGAACUAUCCCUGGAGGUUCAAAAGGUUUUGACCAUUAGUCACCAGAAGGAUGGACAUGAACUUCGUGCACUUCUUGCUUCACCACUCUUUGACGCACUGUUUCUAGCCCAUGAUGGAGUGGCUCAGCAGGAAAUGCUUCUGGAAUCACAAAAUGAUGACCAUGUUUAUGAGAGGGUAGCACAGUAUGGAGGAGAAACUGUGAAAAUUGUUCGUAUUGAAAAAGCACGUGAUAUCCCCCUUGGUGCCACGGUACGUAAUGAUGUUGAAUCUGUGAUUAUUAGUCGAAUAGUCAAGGGUGGAGCUGCAGAGAAGAGUGAUGUACUGCAUGAAGGAGAUGAAGUUCUUGAAAUAAAUGGAAUUGAGAUUCGUGGAAAAGAUGUUAAUGAGGUGUUUGACUUGUUGGCUGAGAUGCAUGGUACGCUGACCUUUGUGCUGAUUCCCGGUCAGCAGACAAAGAUUCCUCCUGCCAAGGAAAUGGUGGUGCAUGUAAAAGCCCACUUUGAUUAUGACCCCUCGGAUGAUCCAUACAUUCCCUGUCGUGAAUUGGGUCUGUCUUUCCAAAAAGGAGACAUACUUCAUGUAAUAAGUCAAGAAGACCCCAACUGGUGGCAGGCUUAUAGAGAUGGAGAUGAAGACAAUCAGCCAUUAGCUGGGCUUGUUCCAGGGAAGAGCUUCCAGCAACAAAGAGAGGCCAUGAAACAAACAAUAGAAGAAGACAAGGAGCCUGAAAAAACAGGUAAACUUUGGUGUGCUAAGAAAAAUAAGAAGAAGCGAAAAAAAGUGUUGUAUAAUGCUAAUCGAACUGAUGACUAUGACAAUGAUGAGAUCUUGACCUAUGAAGAAAUGUCAUUGUAUCAUCAACCAGCAAGCAGGAAAAGGCCAAUAGUUUUGAUUGGUCCAGUAAAUUGUGGUCAGAAUGAACUGCGACAGAAGCUGAUGGAAAGAGAGGCUGAUCGUUUUGCUCCAGCAGUACCACAUACAACACGCUCUAUGAGAGAUAAUGAGGUGAAUGGACGUGAUUAUCUGUUUGUGUCACGUCAGUUUUUUGAAGCUGACAUUGCAACCAACAAGUUCAUCGAACAUGGAGAAUAUGAAAAGAAUUUGUAUGGCACCAGUAUUGAUUCAGUACGACAAGUGAUCAACUCUGGGAAGAUAUGCUUGUUAAAUUUACAUACACAGUCACUGAGGAUUCUGCGAAAUUCUGACUUGAAACCUUACAUAAUCUUCAUUGCACCACCUUCCCAAGAACGAUUGCGUGCAAUGCUCACCAAAGAGGGAAAAAAUCCUAAGCCAGAAGAUUUACGGGACAUCAUAGAAAAGGCCAGGGAAAUGGAGCAAAACUAUGGACACUAUUUUGAUGCAGCAAUUGUUAAUACGGACUUGGAAAAAGCAUACCAGGAGUUAAUCCGCCUCAUAAACAAACUUGACACAGAACCUCAGUGGGUCCCAUCUUCAUGGCUCCGGUGAAAACAAAUGACAGGACUUUCUGGCAAUUUGUCAGAAAAUGAUUAUGAACUGCAACGGCAGAAUGUGUAGUU